CUCAGGUUCGUGGGUGUGUACGGAAAGGGUCCGUUUCAGGUGUAAGCUACAAUUCCUUAUUUUAGCAAAGACAUCGUUUAUAAAAACCAAAAACGUUUCGAAGCUUUAAAAUCACGUUUGGAAUCAUUGAACGAAUCUACCAAAGGGAUGACACUUUUCACAAAAACAAUCAUUAAAUUCCUUCCCGCGUUGAUCUGAAACUUGCAAGACUGGAUAACACUUGUAAAUAGUUUUGCUUGAUUUGAAACGUCUUCCAACUGGAUAUUUCUCUCCAGGUAUAGCUACUUUGACGAAUAUGAGUUCCGUACGGUUUGAAUCCGAGGGGCUGAACAGGCAGCAUGAGCAGGUUACCUUUCUGGAUAACAAAGAGAAGAUGGCAUCAAAGAAGAGGACUGGAGUCAUAGUUGGAGUCCUCAUCGCUCUGCUUAUCCUGGCAGCUGUGACAGGAUUCCUAAUCUGGCUGUUUGUUAUCAAAGGCAAGGAGUUCGAGGCUACCCGAUUCGAGGCUGCCCUAAGUAGGCAGCGUGUCCCAGCACAGCGAAUGUUUAGUGGCCAUAUGAAGCUGGAUAACCUGCCCUAUGACCCAAAGCUGGAGGACCCCAACACCACCGAGUUUAAAGACCUGGCAGAUGACCUUGAAAUUCUUCUUGAUACCAACUACAAACAAGUUGAGCGCCUUUCCAAGUACUACACCAAGUCUGUGGUGACUGCCUUCAGCCCUUCUCUCUCUAGUGACGGUGUGCUGGCAUACUACUGGAUCAUGUUUGACGUCCCAGCGGCAGACCUGGAGAUCCUGCCACUGUUCUCUGAGUAUCGCAUCCUAGAUGUGUUGAAGAAAAAGUUUAGAGAACUGGGAAAGCGCUCCGGCCAGCACCUCCAGAUCAGUGAAGUUACAGCCUCACGCACAGACCCUAGGAUGGCGAGAAACCCCAGGGAGGACGAUAAAUGUUUAUUCCGGUUGGAGGCUAAAACUUCAGUCCAGAGCUUUGAGUCGCCAGGCUUUCCAAAUCCUUACCCGUCCCAGUCCCGCUGCCAGUGGCAGAUCCGAGCCUUACAACAGAACGUCAUCUCAGUCCGUUUCUCCGACUUCCAUAUAGAAGAUGACUGCUCCAAUGACUAUGUGUUCAUCUACGACUCCCUCAGCCCAGAUGAGACACAGGCCAUCACUCAGAAGUGUGGUCAGAGGCCCCCUUCCAAUCCCUUAGAGGUGGUGUCAUCUGGUAACCUCAUGCUCAUCAACCUGGUCACAGACAGCUCUGUCCGGAGGCCUGGUUUUAGGGCAUACUACUCCAUCACCCCGCUAACAACAUCCAAAAACUGUGGAGGCAUCCUGAGUGAUAUUCAGGGAAACUUCAGCUCCCCCCAUUACCCCAGCUUCUACCCCCCAGCCCUGGACUGCAAUUGGACCAUCAAGGUCCCUGUAGGGAAGCUGGUGCGUGUCAAGUUCACCAUGUUCCGUGUGAAGGAGCCGGGAGUAGACACCAGGGUGUGUCACAAGGACUACAUAGAGGUCAUGGGCACUAAGUAUUGUGGAGAGAUGCCUUCUCUUGCCCUGACCAGCACUUCCAACAAUCUGGAUGUGAAGUUCCACUCUGACCAGUCCUAUACAGACAAAGGCUUCCUGGCUUAUUACAACGCAUAUGAUCCUACCAACCCUUGCCCCAACCAAUUUCCCUGUGCCACUGGGAUCUGCAUCAAGAAGGAGCUGCACUGUGAUGGCUGGAAUGACUGUGGGGACAGGAGCGAUGAAAUGAAUUGUAAUUGUGAAAAAGACCAGUUUGCGUGUGCCAAUGGGAUGUGCAAGCCCAAGUACUGGGUGUGUGACCGCGUCGACGACUGUGGGGACGGCAGUGAUGAGAAGCAUUGCGGCUGUGUAGAGACUGAGUGGAGGUGUGGUGACGGGGUCUGUUUGCCUCAUGAUGUGGUGUGUGACACUAAGCUAGACUGCAUCGACGGGAGUGAUGAGGCGUCGUGUAAAGCCUCCCCUGAUAUCUGCUCUGACUUCAGCUUUAAAUGUAAGGAUGAGACUUGUGUGAACAAGGUGAAUGCUGAAUGUGACCGUGUCAAAGACUGCACUGACGGAUCCGACGAGCUGGGCUGUGACUGUGGUGUCCGGCCCUACAAGCUGAACCGCAUUGUUGGGGGAGAGAACGCGCAGGUCGGGGAGUGGCCCUGGCAGGUGAGCUUGCACUUCCAGACCAUGGGGCAUGUGUGUGGCGCGUCAAUCAUCUCCAACAAGUGGCUCCUGUCUGCCGCCCACUGCUUCAAAACCAGCAGCCCUGAGAACCACAUAGCCUCCAACUGGUGGACAUACAGUGGGAUGCAGGACCAGUACAAGCAGGACAUUGCUCAGCAGCGCCUUCUGAAGACCAUCAUCACCCACCCGGACUACAGCCAGAUGACCUAUGACUACGAUGUGGCCCUGCUGGAACUGAGCCAGCCGCUGGUGUUCACCAACACCAUUCAGCCCAUCUGCCUACCCACGAGCUCCCACCUCUUCCCUGCUGGCAUUCCCUGUUGGGUCACAGGCUGGGGCACGCUCCGUGAAGGAGGUGCCACAGCACAGCUUCUGCAGAAGGCGGAGGUGAAGAUCAUUAACGACACCGUGUGUGACGUGGUCACUGAGGGACAGGUCACCUCCAGGAUGCUCUGCUCCGGGUUCUUGGCUGGAGGGGUCGACGCUUGUCAGGGAGACUCAGGGGGUCCUCUGGUGUGCUUCGAGGAGAAUGGGAAAUGGUUUCAGGCGGGUAUUGUGAGCUGGGGUGAGGGCUGUGCUCGUCGGAACAAGCCUGGUGUCUACUCACGUGUCACCAAGCUGAGAGACUGGAUCCGCCAGACCUCAGGGGUUUGAUGACGACGAGGAGGAGGUGGAGGGAGACUGUGUGGGUUCUGACGAGACAAAUAUAAGGAACACGGAACAUUGGGUCUGAUUGAAAAUGAGUCUCUCCAUGAAAACCACAGCAGUCCAUCGAGCCAUCCCCAGCCACCUACUGAAGGCCUGCAUGGGGCCAUAUACUGCUCAGAUGAAUGACUUCAAAUGGGUUGGGAUUUGGUCUUCAAAGACCCCAGGAGGCAGCAAGACCCCUGUACCUCUGUCAGUCAUGUCAUGUUCCACUGGUUUUUAGAAUAAUGUGUAGAUUAUAGAGUAUGUAUAUUUUGAAGACUAUGUUCUCUGGUAUUUGUUUUGCCGAUAGACAUGGCAAAUUAUCUCAGGGAGGUAUGACAUAAUAUCAGAUAGAGAUAUAUAAAAUGUAUCACUUUACCAGCGGUCUUCACCUGCAAAUUUUCUGAGAUGUGGAGAAUGUUGAGUACUGUUUCACAAUUUUCAUUAAAAAGCAUUGGGGUCAAAUAGUGCAACACCUGAAUUUGGAGUUGUUACCAACAUGAAUUGCUAAGUCUUAAAAUACAACCUCACAAUGCAAAGUUAUUUUAAGGGACUUUUGACAUAGAUUGUGGUUUGAUGCACAGGUCCACUUGAGGGCACUCUGGGUAAAAAUAACGCUAAAAUUCCAUAUGAAAAUGGCAUUCUGUUUAAAUAAACCAAGGACUUAAUUAUGCAUAUCGUCCUUGUAACUGUUUAUCAAACAGAAACCAUAAAGUUAUCUUUAAUGUCUCAGAUGACAACUCUAAUAGUUAUGAAAAGCUCAUACAAAACCUAACUAAUGAUAAUUUUUCUUCUAAAUGUAAUCCAUCUCUCUGGAGUUCAAAGGGCAUGAUCAAUUGAUACAUUUCUAAGAGUCCUAUUAAAUUAUAUAGCCCCUGCAGCCUGGGUCUUUCUGAUAUAACUCUAUAUAGGCUUACUAAAAUGGAGCAUCAGAUCUGUUGGGAUAUUACACUUGUCUCCAUUUUCCAGUUGGACUAAGUGCAAUGAGCGUAUUCACUCAUUGCGCACGGCAGUUCAAGCAAAUCAGUUAGGUUUAGAAGGACGCCGGAGCAGCACAAUUAGCAGUUUUCUCACCCGUCAAACAGUGUACAUUACUGAACAAUCUUGAUCUUCCUUUUAACGGUUUAGAUUGUAUUGGUUUUCUUUGACUGCAUUUGUAUAGUCACUGACUUGAUCAGACCCAAAUAUUUCCAUUUGAGGUGGUGCUAAAUAUAAGUAAUUUAAAGACUAAUAUUUUACUUGCAUUUAUGUUCUUCUGUUUGUAUUCCUCUGAUUUUUUUAAAUAAAAUAUGUCAAUCCUAUGCAAUAAACAUACUUUAUUCAA